AUGCUGGAAUCGGGAAUUCGAAUACAUAAGACAUCAUUCGAGUGGCCCAAAUCGCAGUUCCCAUCAUCGUUCAGUAUGAAGCUGCGUAAACAUAUCAGGCAAAAAAGACUGGAAUCUGUGCAACAGCUUGGUGUUGAUCGAAUUGUGGAUUUGCAAUUCGGGACUGAGGAACGUGCAUGCCAUGUGGUUUGUUUGUUACAUGUGAUUUUUUUAAAGCUUUUUUAUGUUAUUGCGAUUUUUGGAUGA